CCAGCCUGUGCAGCUGAACGGAAAGGAGGUUGACCAGAUGAACAAGGCAAUCACAGUGCCACUUGAGGUCUCUUUCGACCCUUCCAAGCAUCUCGCCCAUACCCAUCCUUCGAAAGUGUAUGCCAUGAAAGAGCUUGGAUACUCUGACACUCGUGGUGUUUCCCCGAUUGGUGUCUCUGAGCCCUUCCCGCUGUUCUCGACUGAGGCCAUCAUGCGCAUGCGUGAGGAGGUCCUGAGUGACAAAGUGUUCGCAAAGCACAAAUACUCCAGUGACCUUGCUCAGUGCCAGUUGCGGGGAUAUGCAGCAGACUGUGCACCAUUUGUCUAUGAUGCCUGGAAGAGCCCCGAGACCCUGGCUAUCAUCUCGAAGAUUGCGGGUGUUGAUCUGGUGCCGGCCAUGGAUUUCGAGAUCGGCCAUGUGAAUGUCUCCGUCAACAGCGAGGAGGAGAAGAACAAAGCCCUCACGGCAGCCAUGGAGAAGGCCAGACGUCAAUCCGACGAAGGAGUCGCGGGAUGCGCUUGGGAGGAUGAUGACCCGAUUGUGGACUGGCAUACCGACAGCUACCCCUUUGUCUGCGUGACCAUGCUCUCUGACUGUCAGGACAUGGUCGGAGGCGAGACAGCACUUCGAAAGGCAGAUGGUGAGAUUGUGAAGGUUAGAGGUCCGCAGAUGGGAUCGGCCGUGAUUCUCCAGGGAAGGUACAUCGAACACAAGGCUCUCCGCGCUCUGGGAACGACUGAGCGAAUCUCGAUGGUGACCUCGUUCCGACCUCGUGCUUCGGCCAUCAAGGACGACACGGUUCUUACCACAGUCCGCCCCAUUUCGGAUCUCGGCGAGCUGUACCAUCAGUUCGCGGAGUACCGCUUCGAGAUUCUCGAGGACCGGCUCCGUGAAGCCACCCGGUUCAUGCGGGACCAGAAGCGGGCUAACCGGGCCUUUAACACGAAAGCCUUGAAGUCGUUCAUCCGUGAUCAGAUUGAUUUCUUGGAGCAUAUGGACAAAGAGGUUGUUGAGGAUGACAAAGUCAUCAAGGGUGUCAUUGAUGAUAGCCACUUGGUCUCGGAGGACCUCAAGCUGCAGCGAUCCCGCAAACGCGCUUUUGUCGCUGUGGACUAAACCGGCCGGCUGGUGCUACAUCCGAGGCUUGUGCGAUGCUUUUUGUUUUGUUUUGUUUUGUUUUGUUUCUUUCUUUCUUGUAGGAAAAUUUGUGGCAGCUCUCGACAUGUCGCCUUGAUGUAUUUUCUUUCAUGUCUUCUAUUUCGCGCUGGGUGCUAUCGGACUAGCGUGUGACAAGGUCGCAAUUGGGCCACGAGAAUUUUCGGUUUCUUUUUGUUGUUAUGCAGUCAUGAUGGCGUAUGUGUUGC